CACCUUGAAUAUUUGCGGCCAUCAAGUGACCUUUAGGGCGUGUCAUUCAAAGCAAUCUGGAUUGCGCACCAAAUCUGUAAAACAUCUCCUUUGGAUGUCCAUUAAAGAAGGUUACUUAAAGAAGUGGUCAGAUUCAAAGCACUGGCAUAACGUAUAUUGUAAAUUACUACAUAGUGGUUGGUUUCAAUGGUUCGACAGUGCAUCGUCUAUUUCGCCUAAAAGAAGUGUUGAUAUUAGACGUGUGGCGGCAUUCCUUGCCUUUGGGGAUGUUAUCAGCCGCGUCCCAUGCAAACCAACUGCAUUAACGAGUGCAGAAAUACCGUUGGCCUUCGGUGUUCCUUAUGAACCACAUAUGGGAACUCAAAUGGCUUGGUUUGUUUGUCCGGAUCAAGCAACACUGACUGCAUGGUCAAAUGCAAUUAUGUCUUUGUUUCAACAAGGUGGUAAUCCAGCUCAACAACCACUUCCGUCCUAUCAACCGCCUGUACCAGCUGCAGCUCCAGGAGCAAUAGGUUUCGGAAUGCCUGAUGCAACAGCUUAUGGGGGUAAUCCUGGUGGAUUUGCCCCUCUUCCUGCACAACCACCGCCUCAGUCCAAUUAUCCGUAUCCAACUGGAAACUAUGCACCUCCUACACAACCAAUGGCUCCUGCGGGUAAUCCCUAUAUUCCAGGUACCAGUUCUUAUGGUCAACCACCACAACAGGGUCAACAUUUUGUCGGACAGAAUGGUCAACCCUAUCAAGUUGUUUAUGUUGAUGGUAAACCGAAAAAGAAAAAGUUCGGCGGUGGACUUAAAAAUGCUGCUGUUGGUCUAGCCUCUGGAGUUGCUGGAGGUUAUCUAGCAAGUCGGCUGUUUGGUGGUUGGGGUUCAGGUUGGGGAGGUGGUUGUCAUGGUUUCAUGGGUCCAAGAUGGGGUAGUUGGAGUUCACUGUCCAGUUUCAGUUGGUCUGAUUAAAUCACUGUGUCAUUAUUAACCAAGAGAAAAAAUGCUUUUCUGUUCUUUAUUUGUGCGUGUGUGUGUAUAAGUAAGUAAGUAAGUGCAGUUUUUUUUAAAUCUCCGAAGACGUUCUUCAAUGAAGAGUUACUCUUCUUUUCGGCGAUAUCAUUCAUUCUCAAGCUGUGCAAUUCCAUAUAUGUAUUUGUCUAUUUUCGACAUAGGAUUUUCCACCGAUGUGCGGCAGUUCAAAUCGUCACACUCCAUGUAGCACACAAACCAAGAGAAGAAAGUAGAAGAAAUGCAUAAUAGAGACAGGAAACAGAGGUGUCAGACAAAGAAAUGGUAAUAAAGAAGAACAAAACAGUUUCAUUGGAAAUCAUAAGUCACAAGGAGUGGAUGCAUCUGCACCAGCCAAUGAGAACGAUCACUUUGAGCCAUAUCACCAAUUGUUUCCAGUCACCAUUGGUUUUUACCGUCCUGAGGACCCCAACCAUUCAGGAUGUCUACACCUUCCUGCGUGGCUGGCUUAAACUAACUGUUGUGGAUUUCAUUGGCUGGUGCCAUGUUUUGGUUUGAUCACCACUAGCUCUUUUCGGACUUGGCCCUAUGUCAGCUAACAUUGCCUGUCGUUCGAGGAAGGCGAUGACUAGGGAUACGUAACACAUGUCCUAAACAUCUCAAUCGAUGUAACUUCACAGCCUCGUCUAUUGAUUUCCUCUCCCACCUACCUAGCACUCGACCAAGGCCUAACCUCAAUACUGCUCACUUUAUUAUACCACUUCACACGGGAGAUAGAGCCCAGGCACCUAUGAUCAAAGACAGUUAGCCGGCCUUUUCAUGUCUUUCACUCUCACUGGCUAGGUCUCACAGCCGUUAAGGAGGACGGAGCGGAUUGCUGAUCAGUACACCCGCCUCUUGGGUGAUAGCCAGCCAGAUAUCACGUCUACUAGACCAGAGACGGCGUAAACUGGCAUAUGCGAAACCAGCCCUCUGUAUCAGCGAUGAGAUUUCGUCAUAGACCAAACCGUUGGCGUUGGCUGAUGCAAAUUUCCAAAUAAGUGAAGCGGUCGACGUGCUCCACCAACCACUUCACUUCCUAUUUCUAAACAAUGAGUCAGUGUAGUCCAGUGCUGUGACAUCAUCUUACAUUUAGCGGGAGCGAACCACAUGCCAUACAUUCGUGGAUUGCAGCUCAAGGGGUUAAGUGACACAAUUGACUAGAAUUCAGCUAAAAUUUGAACGAGUGUCAGUUUAUUUAUUUAUUAUUAUUAUUAUUGUUCCCUUGGGUUCCUAGUGGAACAUAGGGCUUCAACUGCACGUCUCCAGUUGCUUCUGUCGUGCUUCUACUGUACUUUUCGCCUGCAUCCAUGUUAGUCAGUCCACACUGUUUCAACUCCUCUUCCCACGAUCUCCUCCAUAUCGCCCUUGGACGUCCCACUCGAGGGUCUGACGCGCCAUAUCACCUAGUGACCUCCUCAGUGAGUGUCCAAUCCAUCUUCACUUUCUCCUGCAUAUUUGUUGGGCGAUUCAUUGGUUCUUGUUUUGUUUGUCACCAUAGUUUCUUGUUGGUCAACGCUGUUGAAGUCCUUCUCAAAGUCUAUUAAAGUUGAGGUAGAGAUUUGAUUGUCAUUCGAUGCUGGCGAGUAAAUGGAGUUGCUAGCACCACACGCCUCAACCCUUCUUAUUUAUCCGGGCUUGGGACCGGCUAGAAAACUAGCGAGCUAGUAAUCUAGGCGAGGUUGAAGAAGAUAUUGCAAUUAAGAAACAGAAAGCAGAAAUUACGUAUUUGGUGUUAAGAUAGAUCAGGUUCAUUGUAGAUUUAAUAACUAAAUAAAAUUCUUCUUGUAUAUGCAGAGUUCAGGAUUUCACAUGUGAAUUGCCACCAUUGCUUCUGCGGUUUGUAGAAGUUUGAUUCGUUGCGCUCUUUUAGCGAGAUUCCCACGUAUUCUGUAGAUAACUUUGAAGUCCACAUUCGAUCAGGUGUUCCAGAAUAGAGCUGUGACAGGAGGAGUAUCUUUCUUCUCCUUUAUGAAGCCAUGAGGGUCAGUCAUUGUUCGAUAAUACGUUUGGAUAACAAAUGCUGUGUACAGUCCAACAUACUUAAUCGCACACAAGCAGAUGAAUUAGUAGAUGCAUAUUGAUGAGGCCGGCCAACAAUGGUAGCUUAUCCUUUACAUUCAUGUGAAUCAUUUUAAUGACACAUCUUUGGAAAUGUUCUUUGCAUUGCUAAGAGAUAUUUACUAUAUAUAUGUGCGAUUGUUCAUCUUGAGAAUGAUGUCAUCAAAAAGAGGAGUAACUUUUCACUGAAGAACACCUUUCAUUCUAUAUUUUAAAAUGCAUUUUUGCCCAUUAUUGACGUUAUAUCGUAAUUGAGAGUUAUUAUAUAAAUAAUAACUCUUUUUCUUGGCUUAUUUCUUAUUGUUUGCCCGUCAACUUGAAGUGAAUUCUUAUAAACUCUUAUAUAAUAGAUUGGCAUCAGUUUAGCCGUGACCAGUAGGGUAUAGCAGGUCGGAUGUGAAAACAAAUACUCACCAGGGAUGACACUUCCUAGUGCCAGUCGAGCAGUACUGUGAAUUGGCAGAAGUUGAAAUUCAUGGGUUGCCCACACUGGAUCGGGUCCCAGUGGCUUAGUUGCCUGAGUUUGGACCCCUGUGGUGGGCGUAUACUAAUGAAGAGUCUCAAUAUAGGCUGCCGCGACAGCUGUCCAGUACUCCCUGGCGGUUUUCCAAUGAAUCUCUAACCGAUGUCAGCUAUUGAUGAAAUCUUGUAACUAGUCAAAUCAAAUCCUUGCAAGCCAACAUUUGAAUAUUAGUCAAUUAAGUCGAAAGGCAAAUCACAUGAGAACUGAAAAUGUUGAAUUAUGUCUCAUUGGCUUUGGAUAGUUGGCUUACAGCCAGUUGAUUCCUCAUUCGAGUCUGUUCGCUGCCCCAUACUCUACUUCAACCUGGGCAACUUGAUAAUACAAUCUGCCCUAACAUUUAUAAGUAGGUGUUCACAAAUAAAGAUUUUCGUGGUAUUAAGUUUUGAAGUUUCUCCAGCGACUGGAUUGAAAGUUGGCGUUUGCAUCAUAAAAAACAUUUCCAACAGGCCUCUGCAGACUUCUGUCUAUAUAUAUCUGCCUUCGCUAGCUCCAUAUCAAAGAUCAGAUGGCUGGCCAGAAUGUUUAAGAAAUGUUCUAGCCAUCUCAGUUGUGGUGUAACUUCACAACCUCAUCGAUUGAUUUCCCCUCUUUACCUGGCACUCGACGGCUAACCUCAAUAUUACUCACCCUGUCAUACCAACUAACAUGAAAGGAAGAAGAAAAACACUUAUCGUCAAAGGCAGCCAGCCUUUUCAUGUGUCUCACUCUCGAUGACCAUUUCUUGCAGGAGGAAAGGGUGAACUGCCGUUGCACGGCACACAUACGUUCUGUGACCGAUAGACAGUUAGUUGAUCACGUCUACAUCAGAGAUGAUGCAGGUUUGCAAAUGGCAAACAUUUUCCUUGUAUAUCUGUACUUAGAUUUCGUGUGCGUCGGUGGCACAGUGGUUAGGACUCUCGCCAACUAUGCACAUGGUCCGGGGUUCGAUCCCCUCCCGACACACAUCUGAUAUCUAUGAUCGGCCUGCAAAAUUUGGGCUACCGAUAUCGCAUGCUGAAAAUUCCAUAUCUGUACCGAAAAUACGGUAUGGAAUCAAGCUGAAAACGAAAAAAAAUAAUCCAUUCACUGGGGCUGAUGGAACUUCGCAAAUUAGUGGAGUUGUCAACACGCUUCACCACUUCACUCCCUUAUCUCCAACCUAGUAGUAGAGGUACUCCAAUCCUGUCGAAUCACCUUACAUUUAACAUUUGAAGAUUACUCCCCAAGAUGUUCACAGCAGACUGCAUUUUAUCAGCGCUUUCCUCACCUAAGAAUACUAUAUCAUCCGGAUAUUCUUGGUGAACAAGACGGAUUUUGCUGGUAACAAAUCAAUCCCCAAAGUCGUCGGAGUCGUCAGUUACAGUUAAUUCCUCUAGUAGUACUGUGAUGAAAUCUGUCUGCUAGCCGAAAUUGGUAGACAGCAAUUCACGUCAAUGUUUACAUUCAAAAUCUUGGUCAUGAGAAAAACGAAAAGAAAGACUGCGUGGGCGGAUACGAUUCUCAUAUAUAUAUAUAUAUAUAUAU